UUUGGGAAACGUCAAAUCAAGAAACCGCAGAUCGUCAACAUAAACAAGCAGUUUGGAAGAGUUUUGGAAACGUGUUGCACAAACUAAAGACAAUUUUUUUAAUUUCCCCUCAUCUUAGUAUAAUCGGUUUCGCCUCGUUUUGCCAGGAAUGUCCAUCCAGCUAGGUAAGCUAUGCUCGUGCAUAGUGCAGCAGCACUUUGGCGACGUGGUUCGCAUGGUGGCCGAUGACCUUUUCGCCGCCGUCGCCAAAACCCUAUCGAUGGUCAUCAAAAGCACCGGACUCUCGAAAUCGGAGGUCUGCAAAGCUCUAGCGAUUUUGCUGAAAUUUGGUCUCGCACGACACCAACCGAAUAAAGCCGGAUCAGCAACCGAAUACAUUCUGGAUUACGAAAAGGUCCUUAUGGUAUUGCGCUAUCCUCGAUUUGUGCACCUGAUUCAAACUAAGUAUGGCCCCGAGUGUGCAACCUUGACGGAGGAAUUGCUGAGAGCCGGUUGCCAGACGGCUUCCUACGUAAUCCUCAAGGGAACGGCCAUCUCCGAUGUGAAAGACAAGAACACUAUUACGAAGUUCCGCGAGAAGUUCAGCGAUCUGGUAGCUAAGAACUAUUUCAUCCGCGCACCAGACCCAAAACCGAUUGACCCCUCCAACGAGCUGGAAAUGUUGGAUUACGAAAGUGCGAAUCUCUUCCAAAUGCCAGAGCUAGAUCUUCGCAAGCUUCUGGAUCUUCAGGAGGGCAAAACUACUAAAGCCCCAGACGAAGGCAUCCACUGGCUGGUCAAUCUGGAGAAGUUCCACUUGGAUUUCCGUGAUUCGAUAAUGAUUAACGCAGCCGAACGGUUGAUCGAUUCCAGUGCAGGGGAGUGUCUCAAAUUUCUUCUUCAGCUAAUGUACUCCCGAACCAAACCGUGGGAAAUGGUUUCCAAUCCCAUUCCGAUGGUUGAACUGAAACAGCUCUGCGAGAAAAAGUCCAAUAACUUGGAAAUGAUCAAGUUUCUCGAUCAGUACGUCGCCGUUAUUGAAUCGGUUAAUUUUGUCAGCAAAUUCGGCGACACCGGAGGUGGCCAGUUCACGGUCAACAUGAAGAAAAUUCUCGAACAACUGACCUGGAGUUGCAUCGAGAACGUUAUCACGGAAAAGUACGGCUCCAAGGCCGCCCGCAUCUUCCGGGUUAUUCGCAUGAAAAAAUACAUCGAGCAGGAAGACAUUCAGAAGGAAGCGAUGAUCCCGGCCAAGGAAGCUAAACAGUUGACCUACAAGUUGUUGGAAGAAAAUUUCCUUCAAAUCCAGACAUUCCGCAAAACGGGCGGCGGAAAUGCCGGAGCCCCAAAGUCCUUCUUCCUGUUCUACGUCAACCAGGCGCAAAUCGUGUCGAUGCUGUUGGAGAUUUGCUACAAGGCGUUGUACAAUUCCAUCACCCGGUCGACGCACGACAAGACGGUUAACAAACGGCUCAUCGAGAAGAGUCAACGACUGGACAGCAUUGUGGAAGCGAUGAAGGACCGCGGUGAGUCGGAAGAGUACAUCGCGGAGAUACAGGAAACUUUGACGCCCCCGGAGAAGGAGAUCCUGCAGAAGGUGAAGAUUCGCGUGAAGAGUUUGUACAGCGCUGAGAUUGGUAUCGACGAGACGAUUUUCUUGCUAAAGUUAUACCAACAGUAUCAGAGGAAGUAGAUAAGCGCAAUCGGAACGAG